AUGAUUCCUACCCGGUCACCUGCAACACAGCCUUCUGUGCGCCUCAGCUUGCCAGUCGCAAAGCCAUACUUCAUGGCUGUGGCGGUCCUGCUGAUCCUGGUUGACAAGACCGCAGGUGGCCUGUUCGGAUUCCUCAGUAGCAAGAGACGAGAGCCAUGGAUUCCGUGUGAGCUUUACCAGGGGAUAUGCAGAAGUGCCUGCCAGAAAUAUGAGAUCCAGUACUUAAGUUGCCCAAAGAACAGGAAGUGCUGCCUCAAAUAUCCUAUGAAGAUUACCAGCUUCUAACUCUGUGAGGGAGCCUGGCUUGCCCACCACAAAUGC